AUGAGUACUCUCGGGAGUCCUAUCGCUCUUUUGAAGGCAAUGGUGGUGAGGAUCCCCCUCAUCCUCAAGACCUUGUUUCUUCAUACCAUUCGCUUGUCCCCCGUGUCGGGAAAGCAAGACCUGCGGACAGAAUUAACCGUCGCCAUCAUCCGCUCUUUUAUUGCCUUCACGACGACCCCAGUCGGCAAACAGCAGAAAGGCAGCAUGCGUGACCCGGGCAUCAAGGGUCCUAUGUGGAUUUCGAAAGUGACAUUGCCUCCGCCAGAGAAUGAGGUACAAGAAGCCGUGUUCCAAGCUUUUGAGGAUCUGAAACUGGGCGGCGAGACCUUCGAUAUCCCCGGUGUGGUUCCGGUUGAGGCUGAGUGGACCGGCUACCGGAGUGGUGUGAAUAAGAACGCACCGCAGCCUGAGAUCUCGGAAGAAGCCAAGUAUCAGGAGUUGCGGAAAGAAGCGCAAUCCGACACGGUCAUCCUGUAUUUUCACGGAGGGGCUUACUUGUCAGUCUUCCUGCAUUCUCCUCAUAUCCACCCCGUUCCCUGCUUGCUUGCUCAUAAAGCUGACUACAACAGCCUAAUGGAUCCUUGCACCCAUCGGAUCCCACUCGCUCAUCUGUCUAAGAGGACCGGUGCGCCCAUUCUGUCGGUGCGAUACCGUCUCGCCCCGCAGCACCCCUUCCCCUCUGCUCUCGUGGAUGCUUUGGUCGCGUAUCUGUCUCUCAUUGCCCCGCCCCCAGGCUCUCUCCACGAGCCCGUGCCGGCAAAGAAGAUCAUCUUUUCAGGCGACUCCGCGGGUGGGAAUCUAUGCUUGGUGCUUCUCCAGACGCUUCUGACGCUGCGCCGCGUCUCCCCGACCAUCCGCUUCCACGGGCAGGAGAUCCCGAUUGAAUUGCCCGCCGGAGUAGCCAUGAGCUCACCCUGGUGUGAUGUCACACGAUCCAUGCCCUCAGUCGUGAACAAUGCGCUAUACGACUAUCUUGCCCCGCCGUCCCAAGUUCCCGAGACACUCUACCAGCCCCCCGAUAUUCCUGCCGACGCCAUUUGGCCCUGUCAGCCGCCGCGAGUCGACCUGUUCUCCAAUGCCAACGCAGCCAUCCACCCGCUCGUAUCGCCUCUGGCAGCACGCAAAGAACUCUGGAAAGGCUCGCCGCCAAUUUACAUGAACAUGGGCGAAGAGGGCCUCUCGGACGAAGGACUCCUUCUGGCUCGCAAAAUGUACCAAGUUGGGGUGCCGGUUGUGGUCGAGCAAUUCGAAGGCAUGCCGCAUUGUUUCGGUCUUCUCAUGGUCAAGACGCCAGCCGGGAAGCGCUUCUUCGAUGGCAUGUCUCGGUUCUGCGCGGAUGCGAUUGAAGGCCAUGUUCAGCCAUCCAGUAAUUUAACGUACAUUGGGUAUAAGUUACGGUCGACUCGAGAGAUCCCGUUGGAUAAGGCUGUUUCCUUGACUGACGAGGAGGUUGAUGAGCUAUUGCGCAAGAGUGCUGGAUGGAGGAUGGAGGGUGAAAAAGAACUGCAGAAGCAAUACUAUGAGAAGGCCAAGUUGUAG